CGUUGUCCUCAGGGGGCGUCAGCCAGAGACCAGAGCUGUCACUUCGCCUUUCUUCCUCCGAUUGCCUUCGUGUCAACCUCCCAAAAACCCUCCCUUCCCUCCUCCUUCCUUCACCGCCACACAUGGAGGCGGUCGGCUCUCGGUUGGGCCGAGCAUCUUCCCGCUACGGCACUCCCACCGUCUUCACUGGCCCAGUCCGCAAGUGGAAGAAGAAGUGGGUUCACGUCUCUCCCCCUUCUUCCUCCUCUGUUUCCUCCCAUAACUCUCACCACUCCAACUCCGCCAACGGCUCGGACUCCCGCCUUCUUCUUUGCCGCUGGACCCCUAUCACUGCCUCCUCCGCUUCUCCUGCCGACAAUAGCUCCGCUAAUGCCUCCGAUGAACCUCCCAGGAGGAAGUUCCGCUACACUCCUAUUGCUGUGUUAGAAGAACAGAAAAGGGUGGCAGUGGGAAAGGCUGAAAACGGACCAACAACUGAAACAGGCCAAUCAACAGCUAGACCAACAACUAUGACUCAAGAGACACGUGGGAAGCUGAACAUGAAUGAAACCUCAGAGGAGGAGACCCAGGAAUCAAACAUCAACCAGUUGGAGCUUGUUUUAGGCUUCAAAGGUGAGGACGAUGACUACAGUCAAAACGUCGAUGAAGAACAAGUUCUGGUGGGAAGUCAAUGAGCUGAAUCUCUGAAUUGGUUGGCCCCAGAAAGAUGAUGUCUGUGAGUUAGGAAGAUAGAAACUGAGUUAGUGUAGAAGUAGGUUAUGUAUUUUAGGAAAUAGAGUGGAUUUAUUAUGAUAUGAUGCUCUGUGACUCGACAUGAUUAACACGUACUAUUGUAUAGAUUGGUGUGGUUACCUAUCGUUAGUGUAGGAUUAGCGAGUGUGGGUGAGAGAGUGGGAUUAUCAUUAUCAGAUUGUUGUAUUAUAUAUAAUUUGAGACCACUCAGUAGCAGUAGCGCAUGAUACUAAAUCUGCUUGGUGCAUGCUUGUCAGAAAUAAAUAGCCUGAAUUUGUAUGUUGAACGUCGAGAUGAUAAUGUCCUGCUAUUCUAGAUUUUUAGGUCAUUCCUUCAGACCAGCUCAUGUAAGCCUGAAAUGGGAAGGGAUAUGUUUGAAACAUGAACCUGUGGCUGAUAUGCUAUAUUUUUGCCACG